AUGCGCAAAGAGUGCCUCUGGGCCUGGGGCGGUCUGGUCCAGUAUAAAAGCCAGUCCAACUGCAGGCUUCUCACCCACUUCUCUUGCCUUCUCGUCCUUGGUGAACAGGUGCGCCUCCGUCCCGCAGCCAUGUCCUGCUACGAUCUGUGCCGUCCCUGUGGCCCAACCCCGCUUGCCAACAGCUGCAACGAGGCCUGCGUCAGGCAGUGCCAGGACUCGCGGGUGGUGAUCCAGCCCUCUCCCGUGGUGGUGACCCUGCCCGGACCCAUCCUCAGCUCCUUCCCCCAGAACACCGCUGUGGGAUCCACCACCUCUGCUGCUGUUGGCAGCAUCUUGAGUGAGGAGGGAGUGCCCAUCAACUCCGGGGGCUUUAACCUCUCUGGCCUUGGUGGCCGCUACUACAGCAGAAGGUGCCUGCCCUGCUAAAGCCGUGCCGGACGUCCCAUGAGUGCAUCGACCAGGAAGCCCACAGCCAGGUGCCGGACCGAGGAUGGAGCUGCCGGCCAGGCUUUCCAG